CCCUGCAGCCCAGAAAGCCGUGUGUGUGUGUGUGUGUGUGUGUGUGUGUAUUUCACAGUUUAUGGCCGGGAAGAGAGGCGGUGACAUUAUAUAUCAUGGACGGUCCUGAAGGAAAGAGGACAAGACUUGUGUUAACUCUGGGUUUUACAUAAUAAAUAAUUUAGCUUUGUAUUAUUUUAAAGAAUAUUCAAUCUUAAUUAUACUUAACUUAUUAAAACAGUAAUUUAGAUGAAAGACAUCACCGUAUGGAUAAAAUCCCAACAUAUGCAAAUUUCUUGGAUUUCAACAAAGUCAUGUCAGACAAGAAGGAAUGAUCGAUGUGAAGGAGGGGAGUCAGAAGGUGAGUUUAUGUCCACAUGUAACUCUGUGUCUCCUCCUAUACCCACAGCUUGAGGUGCGUGAGCCGGUUAGAAGAUGCCCGGGCUCACGUUACUGCAGCAGGAUGUUGAGGAUCAGGUGGAACUGUGGUGGUUUGGUGAACCAUGCACGUCCCUGCUCUGCUACACCUCCUCUGUCGUCCUGGUGCUCGGCCUCGGGACCGGAGGCGUGGUGCUUCUGUCUUCAGCCAGCUCUGCGGCGUCGACCUCGGCUGUGUGGCGACUCAUCAUGGGCUCGGCACUCUGCAUCCUGGCCCUCGUACUCGUGCUCAAGCAGUUGCUUAGCUCGGCCGUGCAGGACAUGGGCUGUGUGCGCAGCCGGAGACGCAUCGUGCAGCUGCGCAGCGGAGGAAGCGUCGACCCGUCCCUGCUGCUCGCCAUCGGCCUGGCACUGAUGCUUAGUGGUGCCACGGUGCUGCUGUGCUUGGCCUCGUCUCACAUGCUGCUCACAGGGACGCUUCUCUUAUCUUGCGGUGGCGCUGUGGUGCUGAGCGUGGUGGCGUAUGGAGCGUUGAAGUAUGCGUGGGAACGAAGAGAGAGCAGAAGGAGGAGGAUACGGCGAAGGAUGAGGGUGUACACAGUGACAGGACAGAGGAGUCAACUGUGGAGAGACUCGGCAUCAAGUCAAGCUGGUCUGAUUUGAGUGGGAAAGAAUGGAAAUAAAAGUCUGAGGAUUUCAAUUCCGUGAGUCAGAGCUGAAUCUGUGGUUUAUAACACAAGAAGAACUUCAUCUUCAGUCUCUUGGCUUACUGUCAGAGGAGAAGAAGAAAUUGCAAAGUUUUGUCAAAGAGUUUCAGGAUUUACACAAAUAUCAAGAAUCAUGCGACUUUAUACACACACCGUCAUAUUUAAGUUCAUUUCUUGGUCUGAUAAUGUGUUGCAGUUGCUCAAUAGAUUCCUAAUUUUUUGUAAAAACACUAAAAAUCCUAUUUACUGUACAUGCAGUCCUACUUACAUCCGCUACCUGGUCUGCACCAGUUCACCUCGGUCACACUUCAAACACAAAUUUAAAUUAAUUUUUUAACCAAACUUAAUUUUGGUAUAAAAAAAUGUUAAUGAACAAAUAAACACUGAACUAAUGCAAUAUAAGUUAAUAAAAUCACACUGCUAGUAACCACAGCACGGCACACGUCUAAUACUGUGUUUAAUUAUUUCAUCAGUUUAAUGAGUGUAUUUGAAAAGUGAAGAUUAUUCAGAGAAUAGUUACUGCAUGUGAAAACAUCUACUGUAUUUUAAAGAAAAUCUAAUUAAAAAUUAAUUCAUGCCAGUUACACAUGCCUCAGGGUCACUGGA